AUGGCUCGUUUCAUUGACCUGGAAGACGAAGAGGAGGAAGAUGUCGGCAUAUCAGCGGCAGAGAAUCUCCGUCGUAGCUUCCAGCAGCAUCAUCUCUCGUCCACGCAAGCCGCCGCCGCCGACGACGUCACAGCCGCUAACAAGACGGUAGAUGUCGUGCGUACCAGCAAUGCCGCUACACGCAUCGUCCAGUCUAUAGUGUCCAAUAUCGACCUCAACACCCUCGACUCCCUCGCCCGAACGAGCUUCUACAUCCACGACGGCCUGGUGCAGAACCGCCAGGUGCUCAUCUCGUCGGCGCUGCGCUGCGUGAACGAGCACGUCCCGGUGGAUAAGGACGAGACACUCCGCUUCCGGGCCCGCGCGGGCAACUGGUACUACAUGGAGGAUGGGAGGGGCUACAACGGCAAGGCAGGCCAUUGUGCAAGGGAUAUGGUUGGGGGCUGUCGACGUUGCGGCAAGGUGAUAUGCAGGAACUGCUCCAUCAAACCUCCCGCCACUAUCCGUGAACGCCACCGUCGUCUGUGCAGCGCCUGUACAAAGGCUCCCAUAUCUACCCUCGCCAAACCCCCUCUGGAUCCGGAGCUGACAUUGAGCUCGUCGGAGCUGGUCCGCCGCUCGGUGUGUCUGUGCCAUACGGCCGAGGGGGUGUGGCUGUGCCAGCCCUGCGGACGCGGUAUCCGUGCUGCAGACCACGAGUACCAACGCAUAUGGCGUUGGCGCAGCCAUUACGGCGAAGUCCUGGGCGGAUUGGGCACGGGCAUAGGCGACGGGGACAGGGGCGUCAUCUGCGGUCGCGAGGGUGACUGCUGCGCCGCCAAGGAGCGCGAGCACGAGAUCGACUGCGAUGCCGAGGACGCCAGGGACAGCAACGCGUCUUCCUGGGCAGAGGUUCUGUCCCCCUCGCCGUCCACCACGUCGACCAACCCCCCCUCACCCGAGGGUCCCACCGGCGGUCCGCUGGGCUCCGUCAUCCGGCAGCACGACGGCCGCGGCGGCCGCACGCCGUCGCCCCAGCUGCGCACGGGGUACCAGAGGCACGAGAUCGAGGGGAUAGGUGGCGUGGUCAAGAGGAAGCUCGUGCGCAUGGUGCGCGUGGGCGCCUGUGUCCCCGAGUACGACGACGAGAAUGGGCCGGGGAGGAGGGCCCUCGACAGCGAGGUUGCCGGCGAGAGGAGGAGCUGGUGCGGCUGGUGCUGGAGGGCUAUCCCCGGACGAGAGGAUCUGGAGGCAUAG